GAGAGCAGGACGGGAAGGCAAGGAGGGGCCAGGAGCAGUCGCCUUGAACACAGAGGAGCGUCUGUUCACUGUUAAUACCACUGUUGCUCAUUGUCCUGCACGAUGGAUAUAAUAUUUGGCAGAAAUAAGAAGGAACAACUGGAACCUCUGAGGGCCAGAGUGACAGGCAGGAUUCCAGCAUGGCUGCAGGGGACCCUGCUCCGCAAUGGGCCUGGGAUGCACACAGUGGGCGAGACCAGAUACAACCACUGGUUCGAUGGCCUGGCCUUGCUCCACAGUUUCACAAUCAGAGACGGUGAAGUCUAUUACAGGAGCAAAUACCUGAGAAGUGAUACCUACAAUGCCAAUAUUGAAGCGAACAGGAUUGUGGUGUCAGAAUUUGGAACAAUGGCCUAUCCGGACCCCUGCAAAAACAUAUUUUCCAAAGCUUUCUCCUACCUGUCCCACACCAUCCCUGAUUUCACAGACAACUGUCUGAUCAACAUCAUGAAGUGUGGAGAAGACUUUUAUGCAACCACAGAGACCAAUUACAUCAGGAAAAUCAAUCCCCAGACCCUGGAAACCCUGGAGAAGGUUGACUAUCGUAAACAUGUGGCUGUAAAUCUGGCAACAUCACAUCCUCAUUAUGAUGACGCUGGAAAUGUUCUCAACAUUGGUACGUCCAUCGUGGACAAGGGGAAGACAAAAUAUGUGAUCUUUAAGAUCCCUGCCACAGUAUCAGGAGGCAGGAGGAAGGGGCUGAGCCCCCUGAAACACAUGGAGGUGUUCUGCUCCAUCGCCUCGCGUUCGCUCCUCUCCCCGAGCUAUUACCACAGCUUCGGAGUCACCGAGAGCUACAUCGUUUUCCUCGAGCAGCCUUUCAAGAUGGAUAUCCUCAAGAUGGCAACUGCCUACCUCCGGGGCGCGAGCUGGGCUUCCUGCCUGGCUUUCCACAGGGAGGACAAGACUUACAUUCACAUCAUUGACCAAAGGACGAGGAAGCCCGUGCUGACCAAAUUUUACACGGACCCCAUGGUGGUGUUUCAUCACGUCAAUGCCUACGAAGAGGACGGUUGCCUUCUGUUCGACGUCAUUGCCUACGAGGACAGCAGCCUUUACCAGCUCUUCUACUUGGCCAACCUGAACAAGAACUUCGAGGAGAACUCCAAGCUCACCUCCGUCCCAGCCCUCAAGAGGUUUGCAGUGCCCCUCCACAUGGACAAGAACGCAGAGGCGGGCUCCAAUUUAAUCAAACUGUCAUCUACAACAGCAAGAGCCCUGAAGGAAAAAGAGGACCAAGUCUACUGCCAGCCGGAGUUGCUUUAUGAAGGCUUAGAGCUGCCUCGGAUCAAUUACUCUCACAACGGGAAGCGAUACCGUUAUGUCUUUGCUGCUGAAGUCCAGUGGAGCCCCAUCCCAACCAAGAUAAUAAAAUACGACAUUCUCACGAAGUCAUCCUUGAAGUGGGGAGAGGUGCACUGCUGGCCGGCGGAGCCAGUGUUCGUGCCCACACCAGGUGCCGAGGACGAGGAUCACGGGAUUAUCUUAUCAGCCAUUGUCUCUACCGAUCCCCAGAAGCUGCCUUUUCUGCUGGUUCUGGAUGCCAAGACGUUUACAGAAUUGGCUCGUGCCUCCGUUGAUGUAGAGAUGCACCUGGAUCUCCACGGGCUGUUCAUCCCAGGUGCCGACUGGGAUGCAGGGAAGCAGGCCCCUUCCCGGGAGGAGCGGGACAGGGCUGCUGAGCGCCGUGUGGCCCCAAGGACCUGACAGGGUGGGGGCCUGGGCCCUGGAGAAUGGCUCCACCAGACUCAAGGGUGGUCCCUCCCUGGGUGGGGGGGCCCUUCAUUUUAUUUUGCACUUAUUCUUUCCAUGGUUGCUUUGAGACAAAGUUACGGAAAUAGAGCUUUUAUCAGUAUCUUUUCUUUCAUUUCAUUUUGGCCAUUAGAACCUUGUUGGAAAGUUGAUCAAAUAUUUACUGAUUAGCUCUAGUACUUCUAAAAGCCCCUUUCCUUUAGUAUAAAGACCGUGACCAUGAAUCAGCAAUUGUAUUAAGGCACAUAAUCAUUGCUCCUAGAAUGGGCAGCCACUGACCCACCGGAGAAGAGACACAGAAAUAUUUAUCUUUGCUCCUCCCUCCCCAGCUUUCUUUCCCUUCCCUCCCUCCUUUCUUCCCCGUGGACCACAUCGUGAGUUCUAGCUUUCUCAACCCUGUGCUGUUAGUAGACUACGUGGCCCAAAAGGCGUGUACUUUGUGGUCAUUCCAUGCAAGGCAGGGCAUAGUAUAAAAUAAUAAAACUUUAA